UUUUUCUUUGCUUUUUCUUGUUUGAUUUCGAUUUUGUGCGUCACCUGCAGCAAAAACACAACAGCAAAGGAAAGCAUUUACUAAAAAGAUAACUUCUAAAAAUCAAAAAUGAGUUCCUCAACAAGAAGGACUAAAAUCAAGAUUGCACUCGUUUUGGUAUUUACGGCAAUCGACUUAUUUGUCUCUACAGUAUUCCUCAUUCAUUGGGAUGAUUUCUCACAGCUAAGCAGCAACAAUUACAAGUUCUGUACUUCUGCCUUUGAUUUAUGGGUCAUAGCCUUGUCACGCUGUGUCAUCAUCCUCGGAGCAGUUGUCGGCUUUCUACGAAACAAGAGAGACGCUAUACCUCGUAUAGCUUCGUCUGUUAAACCAAUGGGUUACUUUCAAGGCGCCAUUGUGAUCUUUCUGGUCGUUAAGUUUCUGAUGAGCACGGAGUGUCAUUUGGAGAAAACUUCAAAAAUUUGGCUUUGGGGUUUCUCAGCUUGGAACUGUGUUUGUUCAGUUCUACUGGUGCUAUGUUGUUAUGAAUUGUCUAAAAUUGAAGUCCCGACAUCAAUAAGAUCUUCACUCUCUACAGAUAAAGAAAUUAGCGAUGUCUUGGAAAGAGAAAAGCUCCUUGGAGAUGAGGAUACGAAUUCAGAUGAUGAAAAUUCUGAACAAAGAAAAAAGUCAUCAGUUAAAGCCAAGGUUUCUAUGUCUAGCAUAUUUGCUUAUUCUAAACCAGAUAUUUUAUAUCUACUCCUGGCAUUUUUCUUUCUCCUCACUGCAUGUGCUGCACAGAUAUUCAUUCCAUACUAUACAGGGAAGGUUAUUGAUGGUAUUGCCAUAAAGAGAGACCGCAAGAUGUUUGAACAGGCUAUCUUAAUCAUGUCACUCAUCGCUCUUGUAGAAGCCAUAGCAGCCGGUUUGAGGGGAGGAAUAUUUUCAUUUGUUUGUGCAAGAUUUAAUAUCAGAAUAAACAACACAUUAUUUGGAUCUAUCUUGAAACAAGAGAUAGGAUUUUUUGACAAAUCAAGCACAGGUGAAAUUGUUUCUAGAUUGACCUCUGACACCACAAAAAUAAGUGACCAAAUUACCUUGAACCUAAACGUAUUUCUUCGGAGUUUGGUAAAGGGUGUUGGUGUAUGCAUCUUCAUGUUCAAACUCUCUUGGAAGCUUGCAAUCGUAACAUUGAUUGGUCUACCAAUAAUUGCAUUGGUGUCAGAUAUCUAUGGUGAAUACUAUCGCAAGUUAUCAGCUGCAGUUCAAGAUUCAGUUGCAGAAGCCAAUGAAGUUGUAGCUGAAGUUGUUUCAUCUAUGAAGACUGUUCGCAGCUUUGCCAAUGAGGAUGGCGAACUGAACCGGUAUAAAGAAAAAAACUCUAAAGUAUUCAGGCUUAAAGUGAAAGAGGCCAUUUGUUUCGGUGGUUACAGCUGGUGCACAGAGAUUCUUAUCCUAGCAAUGGAAGUGAUUAUACUCUUCUAUGGAGGACAUCUAGUUCUAAGUGGAGAACUUACAGGUGGAAAUCUCGUAUCAUUCAUUCUCUACCAGUUGGAGCUCUCGUUUUGUCUUGAAGAAGUUGGAGAUGUCUACACUGGAUUUAUGGAAGCCCUAGGUGCAGCUCAAAAAGUUUUCAAAUUGAUUAAAAGAGAGCCAAAGAUAUUGAAUAAUGGAAGUGUGGUCCCUUUGCAUUCAUCAGGAGAAAUUGAGUUCAAGAACGUUACCUUUUCAUAUCCCACAAGGCCAGAGGUGAAGGUUUUAAAUGAUGUCUCCUUUACAGUCAAAGCGGGCCAGGUUGUUGCAUUGGUUGGGUCAAGUGGAGGAGGCAAGAGCACGACUAUUAACCUACUACAACAUUUCUAUGAGCCACAAAGUGGAGAAGUCCUAAUUGAUUCAAUACCAGUUCAACACCUUGACCACAAGUACCUACACAAAGCUGUUUCCCUUGUGGGACAAGAACCAGUCUUGUUUUCCUGUUCAAUCAAAGAAAACAUUGCUUAUGGGAUUGAAAACCUUUCAAAGGAUACUGAAGCUAUAGAAGAUGCUUCAAGGCUGGCUAAUGCACAUGACUUUAUUUCGACGAUGCCAAAGGGCUACGAAACAGAAGCAGGUGAGAAAGGGCUACAACUUUCAGGUGGACAGAAGCAGAGAAUUGCAAUUGCAAGAUCUCUCAUCCGAAAACCCCAAAUACUCCUCCUUGAUGAGGCCACAAGUGCUCUCGAUGCAGAGAGCGAACAUCUGGUACAAGAUGCCAUAUACAACAACUUAAAAGGCCAUACUGUAAUGAUAAUUGCUCACCGUCUUAGCACUAUAGAGAAAGCAGAUAAAAUAAUCGUAAUUGACAAUGGACAAGUUGUUGAAUAUGGAACCCAUGUUGAAUUGAUGGCAAUAGAUGGUACCUUCAGUAAACUUGUGCAGCGGCAGCUAUUGGGAUCGUCUGAGCUUAAGUCAUUAGCAAGUAAUGGUGAGACAUCAGCUCUUAGACAGACAAGCAGUUCUAUUGGUCAAGUUAGCUCAUUGUCAUCUAGUUUUUCAAGUGCCUCAGGCUCACCUAGAGGAUCUCCUGAGAGAAGCAGGCCUGCUCAUAAACUUUAACCAGAAUUUAAACUUUAGUUAUUUGCAUGGUAAUUAGAAUUGUUUUGGAGAAUUGUUGUGAUAAAAUCAUAAAAGACCAUACCUACCCCAUGGAAGAGCUUGGGAAGGUUUGGCAGGGCUAAAAACAACAGUUUCUAAAUGACGGUACCUGAUGACCAGUUACAUUGGACUGUUCAACAUGUGACCAGUCAAUGUGACCUGUCAAUGUAACCAGCCAUUGUGACCAGUCCAUGUGACCAGCCAAUGUGACCAGUCCAUGUGACCGGUCCAUGUGACCAGUCCAUGUGACCAGUCCGUGUGACCAGUCCAUGAAAGCAGUCCAUGUAACCAGUCCAUGUGACCAGUCACAUAGGCACUUUUAAUAUAUAAAUUCUUCAUAAAUCGUUACCAUAGUGAUAUGAUGUAGGUCAUACUUGCAUAUAAAGUGCAAAAAGUAAAUUGUCCACACUUAAUCCUG